UUAAGCUAUAGGAAGGGCUGUCUGGGGGCCGGACAGCAGCAUAUGGUCUGCGGACCCAAAAGUGUCAAAAUCAACGAAACCCAUGAAGUCUUCAUGCGAUCCAAUCAACAGUACAGCGCCUACUGUUGCCGCCAUGAGCUCUGCAACAACUGGUUCCCAACCAUCGACCAGACAAUAGGCAACCCUAUGACUACUACAGGCGGUGGCGGCACCGGUAAUGUGCCCACCGGUGGUCACAAUGGGUUCGGUAUGGACUCGGCGUUCAUUGUCUUCGGCGUAUUGCUGGCGUUCAUAAUCAUUGGUUUCGUGUCUUUCGUGAUCUUCCGGUUGCGUUCAAAACACAAGCAAAAAAUGUCUCAUUUGUUGCGCACGGGUUUGAGUGCUCCCAACGGUAUGGACCGCAACGGCAAUGACUGCACCUAUAAUGAAGACCUUCGGGUGACCGCCGCCGGCGACUCGACUCUUCGCGAAGUGUUCGAGCAUUCGGUGACAUCGGGUUCGGGCUCUGGUCUGCCGCUACUCAUACAGCGGACGUUAGCCAAACAGAUCCAUCUCGAGGAGUGCAUCGGGAAGGGCCGCUACGGCGAGGUCUGGCGCGGCAUCUGGCAGUCGGACAACAUCGCCGUCAAGAUAUUCUUCAGUCGCGACGAGUUGUCCUGGAAUCGCGAGACUGAGAUCUACUCGACGGUUAUGUUGAGACACGAGAAUGUCUUGGCUUUCCUCGGCUCCGACGUCACGUCGUAUAACUCGUGCACUCAGUUAUGGCUGAUCACGAGUUACCACGAGUUGGGUUCGCUGUACGACUACCUCAACGACACGCCCCUCGAGCCCAAGCAGAUGCUGUCAAUCCUGUUGUCCAUCAUAUCGGGUGUCCUUCACUUACACACAGAGAUUUUUGGCGGUUUAGGAAAGCCUGCGAUCGCUCACAGAGACAUAAAGUCGAAGAAUAUUCUCAUGAAAGACGCGGACAACUGCUGUAUCGCUGACUUCGGUCUGGCGGUCACUCACACCCAAACCACCGGCAAAGUGGACGUCGCGGAGAACCAUAGAGUCGGUACCAAACGAUAUAUGGCUCCCGAAGUGCUCGACAACACCAUGAAGAGUGACGUGUUUGAGUCGUACAAAAUGGCUGACAUAUACUCAUUAGCGCUAGUCUUCUGGGAAGUGGUUCGACGGACACGAAUCGAUGGAUAUUAUGAUGAAUACAGCGUUCCGUUCAGCAAAUGUGUGCCAACCGACCCGAGCUUUGAAGACAUGAGGAAAGUUGUCUGCGUUGACCAACAGAGACCUCACAUACCCGACCGAUGGCUCACAAACAAUCUUUUAUCAAAUCUGGAGAAAAUAAUGCGCGAGUCGUGGGCUCACAACCCGUCCGCCCGUUUGACUGCACUUCGCAUUAAGAAAUCUCUGUUGAAGUUAUCAGACGAAGACCCGUCACUAAAAUGAUACAGAGCUUAGCCACCCGUCUAUACGCUGGACAGACAUAAUUGUAGGCCAGAGCACAGACAUCCUGUAUAGUAACGAAUAGAGUCCAGUGUGGCAGCCGUGUUAGGUCUGUAGUAAAACUCACCGAUGAUUUUGUGGCCAUUUUUAACCAUUUUUAGCUAUUUAACCGAAUCGAUGCCAUAAUUAUUUUACUCAAUUUACAUGUCAUUAUCUCUUAAAAUCAUUACUUCAUACACA